UUAAUCUUAUCGUCUCAUCCUCCACAUCCUUCCUCCCGUCAAUGCACUUGCAAAAUCUAGUAUGGUUUCAUGAUUGCUUUCAUGGAAAACUGUGCCGCGUUCAUUAGAAAAGCGCAGAAAAUAAAGAGAUAGAUUAGAAUCUUUUCAUAAUUUUAUCUAUGACAGAUUAUAUUCAAGUCUUGUGGAAAAAGAUAAUUUAAAGGGAAUAAUAUUUCUUGACAAUACAGAGCUAUGGGUCUACCAAGCGGAUUCACUGUUCUGCACUGUGUUGGGACAAUUCUACUAAGUAUUGGCGUUCUACUUCAUAUAAUUGGACUGGCCACGCCAAACUGGUCGUCCGCUUGUUCAACUUCUGGCUCAAAAACAAAACACGAAAGUGCGACCAUGACCAUGACGUACGGGCUGUGGAAAAUGUGCAUUGGAACUGACGCAUGCAUGGAGUUACCGUCCCAAACAUUGACAGAUGAAUGGAGGGCUGCUGGUGCCUUUGCAAUACUGGGUAUGCUGGCAGGACUAGGAGCUUUAGGUCUGGCCUGCAUGUAUUUUGUUAUGCGUGUUCUGUCUAAACCAGAGAUGAAAAUGUUAAAAGUAAUAGUUCUUGCAGCUGGAAGUGUCGCACUCCUGUGUGUUGUCAUCAGUACCAGUUGCUAUGGAGGCGGUGUGCACCAGAAGCUCAAAGAGAACACAGCAGGCUUUCAAUGUGUGUACGUUGGAUACUCCCUCAUAUUAAGUGCUAUCGGUGGGAUCCUCAUCUGUAUAGGUGGAGUAGCGUUCUACAUAGCAAGCAUGAGCAGUCUCUAAUAGAAUUAUUUUCCUCUUGAGAGCGAUUAUUAUUUUAAAAAAAUAGUGUCAUUUUCUCUCACUUAAAGUCACGCAUAAUAAUAACAUAUAAUUAUAUUUUAAACAUAUUAAGAAACCUUUUAAAGUAGAUUUGUUACAUUUUUUUUUAAAUAAAAAAACUUAAAACAAAUGUGUCAUUUUUAAACUAAUGAUAUUCACAUAGAUGUAUUGUGUCAAUCCAUAUAUCUGUCUGUCAAUAUAUCUAUACAUCUGUAUCUGUCUGUUCGUCCAUCAUGGAUGAGGAGCUGGCAUCCACGAGCAGAUAUACUAUGUUCACUGUAUUUAGGAGCAGACUGAUCGCAGACCGACUUCAGUCUACCCGUGCAAGUCUCUAUGACUUGAACAGCUUGAUAAAAUACAGUUUCAAGAAAUAAGAUUUGUCUAUGAACAUCACGGAAUAUUUCUGAAUGUUCUUAAAGAAUGUUAAUUCUUCCUUUCUUUGAGGUGUUAAGUUACAGGGCCGGUCCUGCAGAUUGCGGGGCCCUAUGCGAAGCGGAUUGCGCGGGGCCCAGUCUGGGUAAGGAUAAAGAUAAUAAGUCAAAAUUAAGAUUUUGUACUAGAAAAUAAAUUCGUCUUUGCAUUUUUACAUUACUGAGUACAAAAUCAGUCAAAUUAACUUUACGCACCAUCUACAAUAGAUAGUAGUUUUUCAACAAAAGCCGAUAAACAUUGAGAUCUGCCUUUUAGAUUUAUUAUCGACAUGCAAAAUAUCGCUUUUGUUUUUAAGAGGUCGAGAUAGAUUUAGAUCUAUAUUUGUGUCCAAGCGACUAUUGAAUUAAAUUAAGUAUUUGAACUUGUUCUGGUAAAAAGUCGCCUUACUAUUACAUUUUUAUGUAUUUUUUUUUUUUAGGCCUACAUUUUUAUUUUUUAAAUGAAAGCUGACAAUGUCGUUUUUUUUUUAUCGCGAGUUGGAUUGGCGUUUGAGUUUUGCAGGAGUUUUCAGAAGAAUUUUAUAUUUUAAUCUUAAUAAUUUCUGGAGAUUUUCAUGACUUUUUUUGCAAUUUCAGGAGAAUUCCAGAAACUCUUUAAUAAUUAGUUAAAAUGGUUUAAUUUAAUAAUUUACACCUAGAAUUCGCGCGGUGCCUUUGAAAGUGCGGGGCCCACUGCGGCCGCAUAGGUUGCAGUGGCCCAAGACCGGCCCUGUUAAGUUACUAAUUUUAGUGUCUUGCCAAGAUUCAGUCCGCUUUAUGGAUGUUGAUGGUAAGACAAGAUUAUUCAUAUCUGACAUGUCGUUUUCAUCUUCUCUUGUAUAACAGCUAAACAUGUUAUGACUUGCUCAGUGUUUUCUAGACUUCAAAUGGCGUGUCUGUCAAUUCCAUUGUUUGAUUUGACACUUGAAUUCGGUUUCCUCUAGGACUUUUCAUUUUACAGGUGUGGUAGGAGCUGACAUAUUUCUUGACAUCUUUGGUGAUGCCUGGAAAAUAAAAUUCUUGAAAAACUCUCUUCUUGGUUCUGGUCACACCCUUAUGACCGGCAUGUGGUAGAUCAUGCUCUGCAGCAACGAUUGUUUUUUCAUGUACGUCUGUUGUACAAUUAUUUGAUCAACCGUUUGUUCUUGUUGCUGCGACUAUUCUUCAAGAGAAGUUCACCUUUAAAAUAUGGUUCAUUUUCAAGUUUUGAAAUCUUGUUUACUUGUGUCUUCUGGUACGUUUCUGUUCAAUGUUGGGUCUAAUUUCUGUUCAAUGUUGGGUCUAAUUUCUGUUCAAUGUUGGGUCUAAUUUCUGUUCAAUGUUGGGUCUAAUUUCUGUUCAAUGUUGGGUCUAAUUUCUGUUCAAUUUUAAAUUCCUCAUGUUUGAAUUCUUGCAGUACUUUGGUAUUGUCAAUGGUUUCAUUGGUAACUACUUCUAAUUCAUUUAGCAAGUUUUGUUCAUUUCAUAGUGUUUGUUCGUUUUGUUUCUAUUUGUUCUUGUUCUUUUCUUAUCGAUCUCGUGACGACAGCGUAGCAUUCUUUUAGUCUCUGUGAAAUAAUUCUUUCGCUUCAUUAAUAAAUGAACAUGAAAAGACGUUAAAUGUUAUGUAAAUAUUUAUUGUGAUGCCUUGUCAGGCAAAUAAACGUUAUUUAUCACAGCAGAAUUAUUACUGGAGAAGUAGAAAUACAAUGUAAUUAUGCUGUGUCAUGUUAAACAACUUUCAUUUCAAAGUAGAAGUACUACUAGAUACGUAUAAAUAAUAUGUAAAUAGUUGUAAUGAUGGAGGCACGGUGGCUGAGCGGUACAGCGCUUGGCUUCUGAACCGAUGGUUCCGGGUUCGAAUUCUGGUGAAGACUGGGAUUUUUAUUUCGGGAUCCUUGGGCGCCUCUGAGUCCACCCAGCUCUAAUUGUGCUGGCUACAUGACACCCUCGUUAACCGUAGGCCACAGAAUCAGAUGACCUUUACAUCAUUUGCCGUAUAGACCACAAGGUCUGAAAGGGAACUUUACUUUUUUUUUUUUACUUUAUUUGUAAUGAUGCCAUAUCAGGCAAACGAACAUUAUUUUACAGUAGAACUGCUACUGGAUAUUCUAAAUUUUAUUGUAGAAUAAUAUUCUUUUGUUGUAAUACCGUGUCAGGCAAAAUAAAUUUAUUUUCUCAGCAGAAGUGUUUUCUUUACUGAAGACGUGUGUAUAGGUGAAUGUAUUACUGGUCUUAUUUACUGCGCCGAUUUAGUAAAGAAUCAAAAUGGUUGAUUCAAUCUUAGAUCUAGACUUUGCUAGGUGCCUACAAUUACAGUGCCUAAACUUCCUAGAUACUUU